GAACAAUCACAACUAUUGCCGGAGGAUUCUACGGGGUACAUGGUGGGUACUUGCGUUUUGAAUGAUUUCCCCAUUCCAAAUGAGUAGGGCACUACCCUUCUCCUCUUGAUAAGAUGUGUCAGCCCCAUCUUUCUCCACAAAAGAUUAGCCACAAAAGAAUUUUUUAUCUGCAUACAUUCUACGGAAUGGCCACAAAUCGGCACAGCUAUAAGAAGCUAGUCAUUUAUGUGUGGAGCUAGCUUCAUGCUUCAAGCAUACGUGCCUUAACUUGGCCCUUUAACAAGAUCUCAUGGGUUUACAACUUGUCUGAAUUUUAAUAUCCUACGAGUUAUAUGUUCAUGCUUUUUGAGUUAUUAUUUCAUCUGGCGGUAAACCCUCCUCCGGUGUUAGUGUAUGCUCUCAUAUAUGUUAGCAUGAAGAAGGUUACUUUGGCCCAGUAAUGUUCUCUUCAUGGUUACAUUUGUCAAAAGGUGUUCUAUUCUAUUAAUUGGAAAUAUUGAAUCUAUGAACGUAAUCACCUGAUUGAAGCUAACGUACAACUAGUAUCGAUCUAUUUCCACUUAAUUGACCUUUCGAAAGGCCUAUUAUGUGCUGUAUCUGUGAGCAUUUUGUUUUCACACUUCAUUGAGUACAAACAAGGUAUUGACCAGUGCCGAAAAAUAACGGACGACAGCAAUCUAGUCAUAAUGACAACGUUCAUCGUAACUUUAAUAUCUCAUCUCCUUCUUCUGGCGAUGUUCCUCUCCUACAUCUCAGCCGCUUAAAAAAAUGCGACUCAGUUCAGCAAAAAUUUCAAGUAAACAUGUUUGGCGUCUAUGAUCCUACUGCUCCGCAAAAGCCUCAGGAGCAAAUGACCCAAGAGGAGGUUGCAGAGCAAGGUGCUAAGCUGAUGAUCGCCUUUAUGCAAUCCUGUCCCGGUAAAACUGCCAUGGCUGGAGUCUCUGGGUUUGGUUUAGGUGGUUUCUUCGGUUUGUUCAUGGCUUCGAUGGCGUAUGAUGUUCCCGUCGGAACCACUGCCGUCAAUCAUAUCAGUCAGUUACCUCUUAAACAACAGAUGAAGUUACAAUUCACAGAUAUGGGAAAAAGGUCUUGGAACUCUGCUAAGAACUUUGGAUACAUUGGAAUGGUGUACUCGGGUGUGGAAUGUUCAAUAGAAAGCUUAAGAGCCAAACAUGAUAUUUACAACGGUAUCAGUGCCGGGUGUAUCACGGGCGCUGCAUUAUCCAUAAAUGCUGGCCCACAAGCUGCAUUUGUGGGAUGUGCUGGAUUUGCUGCUUUUUCUGUUGCAAUUGAUUUAUACUUGAACAGUGAAGCUGCCAGUCCACCAAGUAAUGAUUACGACGAAUAAACUUUCGGUUGAUGUAUAUUACAGUCACGAAUUAAAUGUCAUGAUUUCGGGUGUCCACGAUCCUUGCUUCUAUCUGGAUGGUGGUUCAACAAUAAUAAUAGCAGUAUUCAUAUUUGCUGAAACUGAACAAAUAUGGAAUCGAUAGAAACAUUAGUGUACAUAGAAAAACAAGCAACACAGUUGACUUGUUUAAUAUAGGAAAAAACCCUUUUGGCCUUACUGUAGUGUUUUCAUGAAGUUCGUGAUUGAGUUUCUCUAGUUCUUGUAAUUUCUCAAGCUCUUGCAUAAUUGGAGAUAGAUUCUCACUUUCAGUCGUGACAGCUGGGUGAAGAUGGGAUUCGAGUUGAUACUUGAUCUCAUGUAAGAAACUAACCUCAGUUGAAGUCAAUUUGUUGGCCUUGAGUAGUUCCUUGACAUAUUCAAGCUGAGUUUCGAUGGAAUCGAUGAGAUCAAGAUCUCUCAGUUUCUUAACAAAUUCUCUUCGUAUGGGGUUCGGCCUCUGAUUAUGUAGCUGUAUGAGCCGAUGGCUAUUCGACGACGUGUUUGGGUUGACUAGCUCCUCGUCGAUUUCAUCUUCCAACUGUUUAAGCACCGAUGGGCCCGUGCUGGGUUUUCGAUAAAGCAAGCUACUGUUUAAGAGAUCUCGGGAAAACUCGGGGGCAUUUGAUGAUGGGUCAUCGUUGAUCUUAUAGGGCAACGGUAGAGGCUCGCCCAAUUGAGCUAAGAACUCGUCGUUCCUACGUUUUUUAUUCAUGGAGUUGUUUG